CGCACCAAAUCUCUUCGGUUCAAGGACACUUUAGAUGACACAUGGAAGCAGCUCGACGAUGCUACCAAAUUGAUUGCGUCUUCACACCAUAAAAGUAUCCGCCAAGUUCAAAAUGAUUUAUACAUAGGUUGUGGCCUUCUCCGUUCAAAGCACUCUAAGGCUAAUUUAUGGAAUGUGUUCUGCUGGAAGAAAAACCAAGAUAAAGAGAAUGAACACAAGUCCGAAUACCUUGCACUCUCAAAUGAAGAACAAGUUGAACUUCUCACCGAGUUCACUGAAUGGAAAGAGACAAAGAAGACUGGUGUUUGUGUUACGGCCAAGUCAAAAAUCAACGAUAUCACACAAACCUUGAAGGCAGUGGAAAACGAGCUCAAGAGCCUCCAUUGUUGUACAGGUGCAGAAUCUAUUCUAUACAGUACACGUGGUUCUACGGAUGUUCCCCUCCGAGGUGUCGUGUUUGCCACUCAAGGUGUUGACAACUUCAUGGACACCGUAAUGGGUAUCGAUAAUCAAGAUUUAGUCAGCAAAAUGGAAGGCUUUGCUGUCCAGGGGAUGAAAGGAUCUGCGAAAAACCACCAGAAGCGUGUCUCCAAUAAACGCACAGAAAUGCGUGACAUCAUCAACCGAAAGCUUCAGGAGUGUACCGGUGACACUGGCGCAAAAAUGCAAUGGGCGCAUUACUUCCGCAACAUUGUUCAGUGGUACCAGGUUGUUGUGGAAGGAUGGCCGGAUCAAAUUCUGUUUACAAAUCUUAGUCAAGUAUCGAGUGCACUUCUGGACCUCCAGAUGCUUUGCAAUAGGUGGGAUGAUGGUGUGACUUACUGGAAGUCCUUGAGCGACGAAGAAUUUGAGAAACUCCGUCUGGAGCAUGAAGAGAAGCUCAAGAGUGGCGCGAUAAUUGAUCGCUGCCACUGCACUCAAUCUGACAAAGGGAUGAAGUGCCGCAGUGCAGCAAUACCUGCAAAAACUCAUCACAAACAUUACAAGAGUGCCGAGACUAUUGAGGACAGCAAGGCCAGUGAUGAAGAGUUACCUGAUCCAGCUGCUCGUGAUACAGAGCCACCUGUUCCUGGUGAUGACUUCAUUCCCUUUGACUGUGAUAAAGCGUUGGCUGACUUAGAUCGAAUAUUUGGCCCUGCGCCAAUGUUGGAGUGA